AUGAGUGGGCACUGCUGGGCAGAGGAAGCAGCUGGAUAUGACCUGCAGUUCUUCAUUUAUUUUUUUGUUCUUUUUAAACAGACGAGCUGGUAUUGUGCGCGACUGUCACGAGACGCCGGUGCAGGCGCCGUUUUAAACCUUGUAGCAAUGUUGCAUUGCCGUUUUAAACUGUGUACACGGCUCAGUUGGGACCACGCUAUACGUCGUUGCAACUUCGAGCGCCGACGGCUUCACUUCUCCAGUGACAAAGAAGCUAUGGCUGUAUGGAUGUCUGAAGCAGGAGAAUGAGUGCGAGCUUUCAAUGGAGAGGAUGUCACCAUCUUUCACCGAAGACUGUCCUGCUUAGCGUAUCGAUUAGCUGACCGGCAACUACGCAAGAGAACUGGGUCCGAGCGGCUGCUGCUGCUUUUCUUCACUUUAUUAGUCACGUCCAGAUCUUCUGUCCCAUGGCUGCAGCAAGCGGGGUCAACAUGCUGUCCCAGCAUGGAGAGGUGGCACUGGCCGGUCCAGGAGGAGCAGGAAUGCCCGCGGGGCCUCUUACCAAUACAUCGGUGUCUUCCAUACUGACACCAGAUUCCAAUAACCGAGGGUGCGAGAGCGGCGCCUUGAUGGGCUUCCUUGGGAUCUUCCUGCAAGGUCUUCUCGCUGUGAUGGCUUUCAGCACGCUCAUGUUGAAGCGCUUCAGGGAGCCCAAACAUGAGAGGAGACCCUGGAAGAUCUGGUUUCUGGACACCUCAAAACAGGCAAUUGGGAUGCUCUUCAUCCACUUUGCUAAUGUCUAUUUGUCGGACCUCACAGAGGAGGAUCCCUGCUCAUUAUACCUCAUUAAUUUCUUGUUAGAUGCUUCUCUGGGCAUGUUGCUGAUCUAUGCAGGGGUAAGAGCCGUCAGUGCUAUUGUAGAAUGGAGGCAAUGGGACUCCCUGCGUUUUGGAGAAUACGGAGAGCCAGUGCAGUGCACAGCGUGGCUGGGACAGUGUAUCCUCUACAUUCUCAUCAUGAUGUUUGAGAAAGUCCUUAUCAUGUUGGUCCUCCUCAUCCCCCAGUGGAAGCAGCUGGCACUCCUCAAGCCUAUACACAAUGCUGCCCUGGAACUGGCCAUCGUUAUGCUCAUCGUUCCAUUCUUCAUAAAUGCCCUAAUGUUCUGGGUAGUAGAUAAUUUCCUAAUGAAGAAGCACAGAACAAAAGCAAAGCUUGAAGAGAGGGAAGAGGACUCACGGGGGAACGGCAAGGUGCGAUACAGAAGAGCUCUUUCCCAUGAUGACUCGGAGUCAGAGAUCCUUUUCUCAGCAGAUGAUGAAAUGGAUGAGUCUGAUGAAGACGAUGUCCGUCGACUCACUGGUGUGAAGAUGGUGAAAAAGAAGAAGCUUCGCAUGGGGAUCCCUGUCUGACCUGCGUGCCUAGCUUUACUGUUAGGAUCAAAAAGUCCGCAUACAUCCCCCAUUCCCCUGCAGAUUGUGUGAUAUUGCCUUCAAUCAGUGACCUUCGAUUACAAAAUAAUACACUGUAUCUGAAGUUCCUUUACCAUUGGCUCCUGGAGGACAGCUAUGUGAACUUCUUUUUAGCAGUUUAGCAGCAGAAGUUUUUCUUUUCUUUGUUUUGUUUUGUUUUUUAAUCAUUGUUUAUUUUAAACAUGGCUCUCAUGAUGUGAGUGUUGUGCUUCAGGACACUGGGAAAAACAAUAAUGAGUGAAGUUACUGUUAAAUCCUUAAUGUAAUGGGAAAACUGAAGUGGCUCCAGCAGAGCCAAAUAUGAUGUAGUGGGUUACAUUUGAUAUCCUUCCGAAGUGCACCCCCCUCCCUCCAAAACAAACAAACAAACAAAAAUGAGCAAACAAAAAAAAAGAUGUUUUCCUUGUGUUCAUUCCACGUGAACGUCUGUCCUGUUGUCGUCACAUGUAGAUGCCCCACCAUGGCCCCUGUUAUACGUGUGUCUGUGACGGUGUGUACAAUUGCACACCCUUUAACUUUAAGAGGAGCAUUACGUCAGGUUUUGAAUCACUGUAUUGACUCUCAAAACUUUGCAACACACUUAACUACCGUAUAUCUUGUAUGUGAUGUUACUUUAGUCGAAUGGAGCACAUUAAUCCUUGCAGCAAUCUUCCAUUUCUUUUAACAAAGACAUCUGAAGUCAUUUUUGAACUGUUGAUCCUGUAAGACUGCAAGUGCUGCACUGCAGCGUCCUUCUAAUGUCAGCUCAGCCACUGUUUUUUCUGUAAGCAAACGACUGCAACAUGUCUGACUCUUUUACUGAUGUGCUCUGACUUUAUGUUUUAGUCCUUGAAUGUACUUUUUUUUUUUUUUUUUAAAGUUUUGAGUGUUUUACUUUCGGGCCAAAAAAGGUGAGUAUGCUCAUCCCAAAAGUGUUUUUUCAUACUUUGAUUUAAAUGGAGAAAGUAAUUAUGGGAACAGGUUCUUGCACAAUUUCCCAUUUUUCUCAGCUUUCGCCUUUCCCUGUUCUAAUGUGUGGGUUUUUUUGUUUUGUUUUUUUUGUUUUGUUAUUGUUGUGUUUUUGUUUUGUAGUUCCAGCAAUGUGCCUGAGUUAAAUUACCAGCAGUCAUUUUAUUUUUGGCUUUGGUUCGGUUUUGUUUUCUUUGACUGUUUUAAGCAGAGCUCGAGAUCUCCAGAGGGGUAUACUACGAAGACAGUUUUAACACAGCCAGGCUUUCUUUGUAUUAGUAUCAUCUUAUUAGUACAUGCACAUUCCAGUAAAAAUGUGGAACUUCAUUCAGUGGUUUAUUAAGAUACAGCUUAACAACUUGCACAAAUGAAAUACAUUCCCCUAGCAUAGAAUCUACAUUGCGCUUAACACAUGCUGUAAGUGAAAAUGUGAGACUUCUGCUAAUUUUUUAACUGAAACUCAGAACAUAACCUGCUCCUGUCCAGUUUAUGUGUUGAGCAUAAGUUACUACGGCAGUUUUGCAAGCUAAAAAAGGAGUCACAUCUGUGACACAAAACUCUGAGUUUAAGCUCAGCAUAGCUUUCUAAGCCACUAAUCUCACUUUGUAGUACACCCCUCAGGCAUGAAGCACCAUCCAGCAGGCUCUAAUGUUAAGGAUGUGACGUACAUAGACCUCUAAACUGUAAACAGUAAGUGCAGACCAGGCAGCUGAGAGAAAGGGUGUGUUUGUGUGUGUGAUUUAACACACACACACACACUAGUGUGUAUAUAAACUGGCAUGUGCUGAAUAUAUGUGUGACUGCUGGUCCUGUUUAAAGUAAAAGGCGUGACUUAAACUACAAUGAUUACGGUGCUGCUGAUGAUUUCAUUCUGAUGUUUUUGGCAUGUUGGUAAAGAAGGAAAGACUGUGCAUUUUUAAAAAGGGGAAAGUACAGGACAGUGCAGAAGUCAUGGUAACUGUCAGCUGAACUAGGACAAAGAGGGCUUUAGUAUUUUGCAGAGCUUAAUCUACUUGAUGAACAACAUCUGAUGGAAAUAAGUUAUCAUAUGAAUGCUUUUCAAAUAAACGGUAUGAUACAGAAUGAAAGCAGUGGAUUACCUUUCUGUUGUGGCAGAGAAAAGGUGUUCCCUGACCGGGAAUCGAACCCGGGCCGCGGCGGUGAGAGCGCCGAAUCCUAACCACUAGACCACCAGGGAUUGAAAGGGGGUACGAUGUGACGUCAUAAAAUGUGUAAACGCAUUUAUGUUAAAAAAACAAAGGGGGGGAAAUGAUGUUCAUCCCAAAAGUGUUUUUCAUACCUUGACUUUCAAACUUUGUAUUUAUUUUAUAAAA